AUGGAUUCAGAAGACGGAGAACUGUUCAUAAAGCAACUUGCCGGCUAUGUUCGGACGCACGAGAAGGCUUUGGCCAACGCUCUUCAACUACGCCGCCAAGUCCGUCAUAAGCCAUCUCAGAGUACAGGCUCAGCGACCCUUCUCUCCCAAACUUCCACUUCGCUUCCCGAACGACCAUCUACCUCCGCUUCCACAUCGAGUUCGCUCGCAGCUGCAUUGUCGCUCGGAACCCUAAACUUCACAUCACAUAAUGCCAAAUCUGUAAAAUUGGCUCUCACGCCUCAUCACCUAUUUUACCUGCUCUCCCGCUUCGAAGAACUCGGCAUCAGUGUCGGUCCUAUGAAAGUCCGGCUUGAAAAUCUCCACGACAGUUCAUCCUCUGCCAACUAUGUUUCUUUCCUCAGUAAUACCCAGCGAUCGAGGAGCAAAGGCUCGGAUAUUGAUUCAAUACACUCUGUCUCGAGUAUACGAAGUGUCAUGUCGGGCAUGUCUGCAUUAUUGUCGAGUUUCGGCAUCGGGGCCAGUAUAUCUGCUGCUCGGACCGAACGCCAAAAAGCCGCCCUGGAAGCUGACAUGAAAUACCUCUAUUCUGCUUUUACCAAGAUUCCUUGCUUGAGAUUGGCUCCAGAUUGGCGUGCCCGCCUGAUUCGAGGUUAUGAAGAGUUUCCAUUUGAUUCGGCUGUACCCCUAUACGUUUUCAAGAACCUGCAGGCUCUCGAAGUUAGCAGCAUCGACUUCAGGCAAUUCUUUGGCUGGGAUCGUCUGGCCGAUCAGCUACGUUCUCUUACUCUGAAACGUGCUGGUAUUGAGGACCCCGCGGACAUCUUGAUUGACAUCGUCUUGGAUGAUAUGGACAAACGCCGUCGACGAGUCUCCAAAUCCCAGUCCUCGCCCACUUCAGUUUGGACGGGUAGUGGCAGUCCUCGUCGUAAUAUUGUCCACCCCGAGCUUCACCGAGCCGUGUCUGCUCCAAGCUCUCCUGGUGCACAUGUCGACAUGCGGGUCGGUUCGUUGACCCCAAGUGAACAUGCUAUCGAAGAGAGCAGCCGUAGGCAGUCUUUGAGCAAGGAUGACGAGCAAGAUGACACCCCACAAACUGUGCACAAAUCUUCUCGUCCCAGGAGCAACUCACCUCCGCGCCCUACCAGCUCUCGAACGCAAUCACAUCCUGUUCGAGGUAACCAUCACCGCAUGAGGCGAUCCGGAUCUGGUAGCUCUCAUUCCAGCCUUUCCGAUUCUUGGACUGGUCAUCACCAUUCUCGAGGUAGCUCUGGUAACUUACUUGCCAUGGGCGUCCUCCCCACUUCCAAGUGGCGCUUUUUACGACAUUUGAGUCUGGCUGACAAUUCCAUGACCUCUAUUCCGCAAAAUAGUCUCUCACCCCUAUCCAACACACUCUACUCACUGGAUAUUUCCUCCAACCUCUUCAGCCAGGUUCCAGACAGUCUGGCUACCUUGACCGCCCUCAGAGCUCUAAAUUUGUCUCACUGUAUGAUCGACUCUCUCCAGUCAUUGACCCGCAACCCUCUUCCUGCCAUCACAGCUCUCAACCUUCGAGCCAACAGGCUCCAGAGCCUUGCUGGCGUUGAGAAGUUGGUUCCUCUUGAGAGACUCGAUUUGAGAGAUAACCGUCUAGUCGACCCAAUGGAACUGGCGAGAUUGACAGGUAUCCCCGACAUCCACGAGAUUUGGGUUGAGGGCAAUCCCUUCACUCGUACCCACAAGGAUUAUCGCAUCACCAUCUUUAACCUCUUCCGCAAAGCUCCAGGCUAUACUGACGACGUGAUUAUUGAUGGCAGUGGUCCAAGUUACGUUGAAAGACGAUCACUGGUUGACCGCCCCCCUAUCCCCGACUCCAUCCCUGUCGUCAAGCCACAGGUCCCUGAGGUACCUACUGUCGAUGUCAGCAAGCCUGCCAUUAUUUUCAACCCUCCCAAAGAGCCAGCUGUCCUCCGAAAGGAACGGCCUACGCCUAAGGCUGUCAUGAGUGAAAUCAACACCAGCUCGACACGUCGGCGAAAGACUCCAAAGAGGCGAAUCGUGGAUUUGGCCACUUCUGAUACCCCAUCCUUCCCAACCCCAGUCGAGGUUCAAGUAGCGAAGCCGGUCGGCAAGCAGCCCAAGUCUCCGCUCACUAACGACGGAAACUACCGGAUAUCCCAGCAACCUGAAGGCCAGGUUUUGUCGCCGCCCACAUUAUCGACCGACUCGCAAGUUGUCAGCUCACCUGAAGUACCACGAGUUGACACCAACAUCUUCACCAACAUCCCAGCUGCUUACUCAUCUAACGAUGACGCUUCCACUUGGAAGGAAUCCCAGGACUGGGAUGCCGGUGGUGAAAUAUACCGUCAGAAGAUUGAGGCGUUGCGGAAUACUGUCGGUAAUAGCUACCUUUCUGUCUUGAGCGAGGAGACUUGGACUACCAGCCGCCCGGCAGACUUUUCGACACCUAGUGUCCCAUCCGGUACAGCCAUGCGCACAGCACAUACUCCUAUCCACGCCCCCCAGGCUCAAGCCAUACAUAGUGGUCGGACCUUGGGCUGA